GGCUAUACGGGCCUUGAAGAUUCUCUCCAUUAAUUUUCUCUCUCUUUCUCUCUCUAUCACAAGCUUGCAAGAAAGAAAGAAAGAAAGAGAAGAAAUUCCUACAAGAACACUACUGAUGUGUAUGUAUUAUCCAUCAGUAGCUUAAGACUGAGCAGUACUACUUCUACACUUCCCAGUACACAACCCCCCCCCUGUUGCUUCACUGUCCCAUUUCCACUGUCACUAUUCAAACUCCAGUCUUGUUCCAACCCCUUCUCUCUCUCAUCCCACAUAUUUUAUUCACAUACAUACACACAUAUAUAGAGAGAGAAAGGGGUGGUAUAAAGAGGAGGGUUGAUGCAGCAGCACCUGAUACAGAUGCAGCCCAUGAUGGCAGCUUACUAUCCCACCACCGUCACUACUGACCAUAUUCAACAGUAUCUGGAUGAGAACAAAUCACUGAUUCUGAAGAUUGUUGAGAGCCAGAACUCUGGGAAACUCAACGAGUGUGCUGAGAACCAAGCCAGGCUUCAACGUAACCUGAUGUAUCUGGCCGCCAUUGCUGAUUCACAGCCACAACCUCCCAGCAUGCAUUCUCAGUUCCCUUCUAGCGGGAUCAUGCAGCCCGGAGGAGCAUACCUGCAGCACCAACAGGCGGCGCAGCAGAUCUCCACGCAGUCUCUCAUGGCCGCCGCGCGCUCGCCGAUGCUGUACGGCCAACAACAGCCGCUAUCGGCGUAUCAACAGCAGCAGGCCGCCCUGCACGGCCAGCUCGGGAUGAGCUCCGCCGGCGGCAGCGGCGGCGGCGGCCUCCACAUUCUACAAAGCGAGGCGCACAACGCCGCCGGAAGCUUCGCCGACUUCAGCCGCGGAUUGGGCGGCGGGAGCAAGCAGGAACUCGGCGGCUCCCUCUCCAUGGAACCCCGCACCGGCUCCGCCGCAGACGGCGGCGAGACGCUGUACUUAAAAGCCGCCGACGAUGGGAACUGAUGAGGUAAUGAGAGAUAGGAAUGAAACGACUGCGUUCCUAUAAGUGCGCUUAGGAAUGUUUUAGUUUGCAGAAAGUGUAGCUUAAGAGGAAUGAACAAAGUUGCAGGUUUAUGGACUGGUUAAGGGUGGUUUGGUACUAUGUAUGUGACUGAAUUUAGGUGCCCUUUUUACAAACUUGUGUUAUGUGUUUUGACCAAAUUAGGGUUUAUUUUUAUCUUCAAAUUAGUCUAUCAUCUUUAUGGCACUGAUCAUCAUGUAAAUGUUCAAGUCAUUUUGAUUUGCUCUUCUACCUUUUUGCUUCA